GAGAUUUGAGCAGACGUUGGGUGCAUGUGGAGUUUUGCUCUCUGCGGCGCUGUAAACGGUUUACUCAUGCAGACGCCUCAGACGCUCGCUGCAGACAGAAGGCCGAGCUCAGCAGGAGCCUGGAGGAUGAAAGCUGGUUUCCAUGGAAACGACGGAAUCCAAUUAAAAGGGCCAUUGGUACCAAAGCAGCCCGAAACACGGAACAAGGAAACCCCGAACUAUUUAUCAUUCGGUUUCGAGCUGUCCUUCAGGUGCCGGAGAAUAAUCAGGGAGAGGAGUUCGAGCUCUCCGCCAGGACAGAGUGAUGUUUAUGAUGAUCAACAAUCAGCAGAGGAUGGACAAGCAGCCUUGAGGAUCAAACACUGGAGAGGACACUUGAAAAACAGCCUUUCGAAAGUCGAGUUUGGAGGAUGCUCACCGGUUUUGGGUGAAGACACUAAUUGCUUUGACAGUGUUCACCAGGCCAACUCUGAACAGCGUCCUCUCGCAUCCGUGCAUCACCGAGGCAUCGGUUCGGAGGAGAGCGCGAGGUCAGGAGCGCUGGCCGCCGCGGAGUUGCCAUGGCAACCGCUCCACAGCCAAAAAGCAGCUGCGGCGUUCUCUCCUUCUGAAAGGGCUUGUGCAGAGAAGAACGAUUCGAUUUCGAACCCGAACGAUGGGCUUCGUACAAAUCGACCCGUUUCGGGAGGCGGGGCUUGGAGGAGAAGCGAUAAUAUUGCCUGGGAAACACAACAGUGUCUGCGCCGGCUGCUCCGCUCGGAGAUAACAGCGUGUCAUCAGAGCGCUGGCGUCAUUUGGCUCCGGAUGGGACCGUGCAACUCGAUCCACCUUUAAAUGGAGCGAGACAAAGACUCAGCGUUGGGUUUCCAUCACAUCAGCGUUUAGAUGCCUUGGUGAGGGUGCAGGAUCGAGUUUGACCAGCCUGUCCAGCCUGAAGAGCAACUACAGAGACGUAUGCAAACAUGAGUCCCAGCCGUCACCUGAUCGUUACGGCCGUCUGAUGAAGCAGGUGUUCAGCAGAAGUUUCAUCCAGGAGCGAGUGAUGGAGCGCAGGUGUGGCGAAGGAGCUUUGUUCUCCUCGUCAUCAUCAGGUUUCACUUAAAGCUGUGUUCAGUGAAAAUGAAAAGGUGCCAUCAUUCAUUCACCCCUCAGUUUGUUCCAGUCCUGGAUGAUCGCUGUCGUACAACACAAAAGGAGGCCGUCUGAAAAACGCUCGAGCUGCAUGCAGCAAGCCAAAAACAUGAGGCAGCUGUUCCCGCUCCAUAUACUCCAUUCUCACUAAAUUCAGUCAGAAAGCGCACGCUUUGUGUUCAAAACAAGAAAAAGAAAACAGCAAUUGUUUUUUCCCCCGCCGUCUCUAUUGUUGCUGCGAGCGCGUUUCCAUUAUUCAGGGGAGCUUCUAAACACCUGCGCUUUGAAGUACGAGAAAUAAUGCAUGCUAAUUAUAUCCAAACAGAAGAUUGGAAACGCGGGCGUUGAAACGGUUCGUCUAAUUAUGGAGCGCUUCCUGUGCACGUGCACGCUCACAGGACCGAGGAGAGUGAAGGUGACCGUCCUUCCCGUACACAUCCCUCGCGCUCGUUUCUUCUGGCCCGUUUGGGUCAUUCGUAAAUGCAUCAUUUCGUUCGAUGACGCGCUAAAUGCAUGCAUUGGAGCGUUUUCCAGCACGGGGUUGCUGGGUCAUCAUUGCUAGGUGCUUCGUUAUAUACGGGUUGUGACCCUGGAGCACGAAACGAGUCGAAAAUGGGUCAAAGUUGUCGAUUUUAUCUUUUGUGCAAAACAAAAAAAAAUCGAUGUUCCGCGAAGGCACUUAGCAGAUCUCCUACCGUAAAUAAUAGUAUGCUAAGAAUUCGUUUGGACAGCGCUAGCGGCGAUUUUCUCAGUCGUAUGUCAGCCGAAUACUGUCCUAUCCGAACAAAUCGUGCUUCAUUUGAAAGGCUGUUUAUUCGACGUACGAUGCGACUUUUGUCAAGAAGCCUAGAAGCCGAAACGCUGAGCUCGCUCGUUCGCGUUAUAAUAUUUUUAAAGGCGCGCACUUUAAGGCUUCUGUUUUUUGUCGUUUCCCGCCUUUAAAGGUGGCGUAGUCCAAGCCGUUUAAAGCAAACAUCGGCAUUUGGGUUUUUAUGAGAAGGCGUGAUAGAUGAAACAAAAGCCAACAUGUAAAGCAUUCACAAUCCAUUUUACCUGAAUGCAUUUUUGGAUGAAUCAGGAUUUAAUUUUAACCUGUUGUAUUUUCAGUUUGUCAUUUCACCUGAAUAUUGCCCUUUUUAUAUAUAUUUUCAGUGUAUAUACACACAUACGCACAUUUAUUUAUAUAUAUAUAAUAUAUAUAUAUAUAUAUAUAUAUAUAAUGUGU